AUGCCGCCACCCUUCAGUGAAGAUCACGUUGGUGAGUUAAGUGUGCCGCCGAACCAAGAUCUCUGCGGGCGGCGCUACUACAUCUACGUAGAUGACGGGUACACACCACGGCACAAGGACUCAACUCCACCACCGCCGCCGCCGCCGCCAGUGAAGAAAGCGAAUCCGGGUCCUCUUGGCCUUUUGGGAUUCGGUAUGACGACGGUUUUACUGAACGUGCAUAACACCGGAUUCUAUCCACUAACCACGGCGGUUGUUGGCAUGGGACUUUGCUACGGCGGGCUUGUGCAGCUCAUCGCCGGGCUUUUUGAAUUUGUCCGCGGUAACACAUUUGGGUACGUCGCCUUUUGCUCCUACGGUGCCUUCUGGAUGUCGCUUGUGUGUACAUGGAUGUUCCAGAACAACGCCUUCGUCGAGGGUCACCCUGUGAAUCCCACGGACGCAUAUUUUCUCGGUGUCUACCUCCUGAUGUGGGGCAUCUUCACCUUUUUCAUGUUCAUCAACACGCUGCGCACCAACUUGGCGCUCAUGACGGUCUUUGGCUCGCUGAUGGUUCUCUUCGUGCUGCUGGCCGCCGGUAACAUGGGCCACUCGCCGGUGACGCUGAGGGUGGCCGGUUUCGAAGGUAUCUUCUGCGGCGCCUCCGCGCUCUACCUGGCGUUCGCGGAGGUCACCAAUGAGGUGUACGGCCGCGAGCUGCUGCCCGUCGGCUCCAUCGAUUUGUUCUUGGACCGCGGAAAGAAGAAGGCCGAGGGCAACAAGCUGGCGCAGGUGUGA